AUGCGAGACAGAGAUGUAGAUGUGGAUGUGGAUAAGGAUGGAGAUGUAGAAAUGGGCCUGGAUGAGGAGGAAGAUGGGGUGAAGAAGCCGCGAGAAAAGAAGGACAAGAAAGACAAGAAAGAAAAGAAGGAGAAGAAGGAUAAGAAGGAGAGGAAGGAGAAGGCGAGUAAGGAAAACCAAAACGACGAGGACGACCCCCCAAAACGACACAAAAAAAAACGAAAAAUCUCCCCUUCCCCGCCUUCCCCGCCCGCACACGCAGACGAAAAAGAAGACUUGGACAUGCUCCCAGCGGACGAAGGGCGCACGCUCCCGUCCUUCCCCCUCCCCUCCCUCCCCAAUGCGCCUUCCAAAUCCGAUCUGGCGCUCCAGGGUCUAGACGACGCCCUCGUCGACGCCGAGUUCGUCGAUCCGGGCACGUCGAUGCCUAUCACUCUCCCCCCUCCCCCUCUCUCCUCCUCCCGCAAAAACAAACAUGGCCAGGAAGACGACGGGGGUGCGGAGGAGGACGCGUGCGAGACGGGUCUUUCGGUGAAGAUGCGGAGGAGGCUGAAGGAGCUGGGGAUCACGGAGUUGUUUGCAGUCCAAACCCGCCUCCUCCCCUUCCUCCUCCCGCGCGACGCCCGCAAACGGGGCCUCUACGCGCCCUACGCGCCCCCGCGGGACGUGUGCGUCUCAGCGCCCACAGGGAGCGGCAAGACGCUCGCCUACGUGCUUCCCAUUGUCGAGACGCUCUCAUCUCGCAUCAUCACGCGCCUCCGCGCGCUCGUCGUGCUGCCCACGAGAGACUUGGUCAUGCAGGUGCGGGAGACGUUUGAGGAGGUGGGGAAGGGCAGGGGGCUCAAGGUCGGCACUGCGACGGGCCAACACUCAUUCGCACAUGAGCAGAGUCAGCUCAUAGCGGACAGAUCGUCUGGACUCCUCGGCGGCUCAAGCAAGAUCGACAUUUUGAUCUGCACGCCCGGCAGACUGGUGGACCAUAUGAACGGAACGCCUAAUUUCUCGUUGCAGCAUUUGCGGUUCCUUGUGAUAGACGAAGCCGACAGGCUGCUCGCGCAGUCAUUCCAAGAUUGGGUUGCGCGCGUCGUUACCGCCACACGACCCACGACAUUUCCAAGUAGCGGUACGCCCAGGGCGGAGGAAGAGGAGACGUUUGGAUGCGCAGACGGACUGGCGCCCCCGCUCCUGCACGCGAAAUACGCGAUAGCCAACACAUACGGAUACAUGGACGAAAAACCGAGUUCGUCCUGCCAAAAGCUGCUCUUCUCCGCCACGCUCCCUCGGGACCCGGGGAAGUUGGCGGGGCUGCAGUUGAGGGACGUGAAGUAUUUUGUGGUGCAGAAGGCGAGAGGGGGAAGGGAGGAGGGGGUGUUGGAUGUGGUGAUGGAGCGGUAUACGAUGCCUGCUACGUUGCGGGAACACAUGAUCGUGUGUGCAUCGUCUGAGAAGCCGCUUGUGCUGUUUGACCUCGUGCAGCGACACAAGGUGAGGAACGGGCUUGUGUUUACCAAGUCAGCAGAGUCGACUGCUAGACUUGUGAGGUUGUUUGAGCUGUUCGAGAAAGCGGUUGCGGGUGAAGGGCGGUUGGGGGUGGUCGCCAAAGCGUACUCGAGCGAUCUGUCAGUUGGAGAGCGGAGGGGGAUAUUGGAAAAGUUCAAGGCGGAGGAGAUACAGAUACUGGUAUGCUCUGACCUGAUAUCGCGAGGGAUGGAUAUGAGUCACGUGUCGCACGUGGUGAGCUACGACGUGCCGGUGGACAUGCGGAAGUACGUGCACCGUGUGGGAAGAACAGCGCGGGCAGGGAGGGAAGGCGACGCGUGGACAUUGGUCGAAGAACAGGAGGCGCGGUAUUUCAAACGGAUGCUGUCAGAGGCUGAUCACAUAAGCAGAGUCAGGAAGAUGAGGCUGACAGAGCGAGAUCUGUUCCCGCUCAUGGCUCCUUAUCAGGCAUUCUAA